AUGGGCAGGGAGCUGGAGCGGCCAGUGGUGGGACCCCCUGCUUGCAACCCUGUCUGGAAAGUACAUGCGGGUGACCCUCAGGGGCUGCACCAGCUCCAGCGGCAUGUGGGUGCCACGUUCCUCUUCUGUGGUCAGUCGCCUUGCUAACUAACAUCAGCCCUGGGCUUCCUUCCUGCUGGGGCUUCCUCUCAGCCCUGUGACCCUGAGGCCCCAUGACUCUGAUCCCAGAGAUGUUCCUGCUGCUGUCGCUGCUGUGCGCAGGGUCCCUGGCUCAGGACCCGAGAUUCCGGCUGCGAGUGCAGAGGUCCGUGACGGUGCAGGAGGGCCUGUGCAUGCGUGUGCCCUGCAAUUUCUCCUACCCCGUGAGCGGUUACACUGAGAAUGACCCAGCUUACGGCUACUGGUUCCAGAAAGUGGCUGAUACAUCCCAGGAUGCUCUCGUGGCCACAAACAACCCAGGCCAUGAGGUGCAGGAGGAGACCCAGGGCCGAUUCCACCUCCUCGGGGACCCCCGGGCCUACAACUGCUCCCUGGACAUCAGAGAUGCACAGAGAAGGGACUCCGGGACAUACUUCUUCAGGGUAGAGAGAGGGUCUUAUGUGAGAUUUAGUUACAGAGCGAACCAGCUGAAUGUGCGUGUGACAGCUCUGACGAAGACCCCUGACGUGCACAUCCAGGGGACCCUAGAAUCUGGCCACCCCAAGAACAUCACCUGCGGAGUGCCGUGGGCCUGUGACAGGGGGACGCCCCCCACCUUCUCCUGGAUCGGGGUCUCCCUCACCUCCCUAGACCCCAAGACUCUCCACUCCUCGGUGCUCACCCUCACUCCUGGGCCUCAGGACCACGGCACCAACCUCACCUGUCGGGUGACCUUCCCCGGUGCUGGCGUGAGCACUGAGAGAACCAUCCGGCUAAAUGUGUCCUACGCCCCACGUUACCUGACCAUCCGGGUCUUCUGGGGAAAUAGCACAGAUGAGCCCCAGAAUGUGACCAUCAGCGUGUCCCGGGGAGAAGGCACAGGGCCUGAAGCUCCGAGCGACAGCUCAUCCCUCCGCGUCCCCGAGGGCCAGGCCCUGCUCCUGGUCUGCGCCGCCGACAGCAACCCCACCUCCAAGAUGAGCUGGAGCCGCGGGAGCCUGGCCCUGAAGCCCGCACAGCCCACCAAUCUGGGGCUCCUGGAGCUGCCUCGGGUGGCCCUGGGGGACCACGGGAAGUACGCCUGCCGAGCCCGCAACAAAUUGGGCUCCCUGGAAGCCCCCCUGAGUCUCUCUGUGAAGAACCCCCCGCGGCUGCUGGGCCCCUCCUGCUCCUGGGAGGACCCGGGGCUGCACUGCAACUGCUCCUCCCGGGCCCUGCCAGCCCCCUCCCUGCGCUGGCGGCUGGGGGAGGCGCUGCUGCAGGGGAACCACAGCAACGCCUCCCUGACGGUCACCUCCAGCGCCCAGGGGCCCUGGGCCCACAGCACCCUGAGGCUCAGCGGGGCGCCCGGCUCCAGCCUCAGACUCAGCUGCGAGGCCAGGAACGCGCACGGGGCCCAGAGCAGCGCUGUCCUGCUGCUGCCAGGGAGACCAGGACCCAGGACGGGUGUGGUCCUGGGGGCCGUCGGGGGAGUGGGUGUCACAGGCCUGCUUGCCCUCUGCGUCUGCCUCAUCUUCUUCGCAGUGAAGUUCUACAGGAGGAAAUCAACCGAGAAAGCCGCGUGCGGGGACGGCAGCCAUCCUGCGUCGGGUCCCAGCUCCCAGGGUCACGUGAAUGAGUGCUGGUCAGACAGUCCCUCAGACCACCUGCCCCCAGCUGAAGCCGCCUCCCCCUCAGAGAAGCAGGAGCUCCAUUAUGCCUCCCUCAGCUUCCAUGGGCUGAAGCCCCGCACCUUUCAGGACCAGGAGACCACCGAGUACUCAGAGAUCAAGGUGCAGAAAUGAGAAGCCGCAGCCCAAUGCCACCCCCAGGAAGGCCAGCUCCAGCUGGAGCCCAGAAGAGGCGUCUGAGGACAAUGGGUGUCAGGCACCUGUUUUGGGAGAGUUGACAGGCCUCUGAGCCAAAGGUUAUAAAUGGGAAUGUGACAUUCCUUGGAGUAGCUGAAGGUCACAGAGAAUCCGGGGUUUCAAUCCACACCCAGAUACUUACUUAGGGUGUAUAUAUAGGACAAGUCAUUCCACCUCUCCGUGCCUCAGUUUCCUCUUCAGUAAAACGGGGGAUGAUUUUCAUCAAGUACACUGUGAAGUGGGAAAAAAAUGCACCAUUGGUGUUAAAUAUAUCGUUAUGUAUUACAUUUACCUUAGGAUGGAGGUAGAUGUCAGCUUUUGGCUGGACCACAUGCCUCGAUUUUGUUAGACUAUUUUUAAGUACAUGUAUUAUUUUUGUUUUUGUUUUUGUUUUUAUUUUUAUUUUUCUUGAGUGAAUGUAUUAUUUUUAGAAAAUAAAUAUAUUCCUAAGUGCAAUUCUCUGGCAGGAGAAGAUAUUCCCUAAUACAUGUUUCUAACAAAGGAUUCAUCCAGAGUAUAUUAAGAUUUCCCAAAAAUCAAUGAGAAAAAGGCAGGCAAUCCAAUAGAAAAAAAGGAUAUUCAAAGGGUCAGUAAGCACCUUGAAAGGUGUUCAACUUCAGUAGCUGCCAAGGAAAUGCAAAUAAAAACCACAAUGCUGUGCCCUGCACAGCCAGCACAUCGGCUAAAACAACAAAUAUAGUAUCAAGAACAGCGUUGCGGACAUCAUGCUAAGUGAAAUAAGCCAGUCACACGAAGACAAAGACUACAUGAUCCAAGUAUACGAGGUAUUGAGAGUAAUCAAACUCUUAGAAACAGAAGGUAGAGGGACCUCAGGGGGGUGGGGAUGGGGAUAGGAAGUUAGCUACUCCCUAGGUAAAGAGUUUCAGUUUUGUGAGAUGAAAACAUUCUAGAGAUCUGAUGGACAACAGCAUGCACCAGGGGCUGGGAUUGGGGGAGUGCGUGAGUAGUUUAUGUUUAACAGGCACUGAAUUUCAGUGUAGGGUGAUGAAAAAGUUCCAGAGAGGGAGGCUGGUGAUGGUUGCACAAUGUAAAUAUUCUUAAUGCCACUGAAUCAUACACAUAAAUAAAUGGUUAAGACAGUAAGUUCUAUGCUAUGUAUGCUUUUCCACAAUGAAAAGUUUUUUCUUAAGGGAUAUAAAAUGUUGGUGAUGAUACAGAGCAACUGGAACCCUCAGACAUUGUUGGGGGAGUGAGAAUUGGCCAACCAGUUGGAAAAAUGUGAUUCUGUUCACACCAGGCAUGUGAGCCAGCAAUUCCGCUCCCCAGUGUACACCCAUCAGAAGCG